UUGGGCGGGCCGGGCCACGCGAAGCCCCGCCCUCCUCGCCCAGUCCGGACUCAGCGGGGACUUGGAGAGGCAGACGCCGCCGCAGCAGCAGAAGCAGAAGCGCUGCUUUUGUCCGGAGGCCGCGAGCCAGUGGCGAAGGAAGGAAGGCAGGAAAGAGAGCAACGAGGCGGCGCCUCCCUCUUUCCCUCCUUCCUCCGUGUCCCGCCCUCCCCACGGCUCCACUGCUGCCACAAGGCUCCGGGCCGGACCCAGCUCGCCCUCCCUCCUUCCUUCCCUCACGGUCGCCAGCCUUCGGGCCUCCAGGACUUAAAAACUUGAGUUGGCACGCAAACGUAUUUUAUCAAGAAAUCCUAAUGUUCCUGAAAAGUACAACAGACACAAGCUCUGAAAGUUAACAGAAGACAAGAUGGAUGCUACGGUAAUAUUACCUAUUCUGAAGAAAAAGUUGGCCUUCCUUUCAGGUGGGAAAGAUCGAAGAAGUGGCCUCAUUCUGACAAUUCCAUUAUGCCUUGAACAAACAAAUAUGGAUGAGCUGAGUGUCACCUUGGACUACCUGCUCAGCAUUCCAAGUGAAAAAUGUAAAGCCAGAGGAUUUACUGUUAUAGUUGAUGGUAGAAAAUCUCAAUGGAAUGUUGUCAAAACUGUUGUAUUAAUGCUACAGAAUGUUGUUCCAGCAGAGGUAUCACUUGUCUGUGUAGUAAAACCAGAUGAAUUCUGGGACAAGAAAGUUACACAUUUUUGCUUUUGGAAAGAGAAAGAUAGGCUUGGCUUUGAGGUUAUUUUAGUAUCCGCCAACAAACUUACUCGAUAUAUAGAACCAUGCCAGCUGACGGAAGAUUUUGGAGGAAGCCUUACCUACGAUCAUAUGGAUUGGCUAAACAAGAGGCUGACAUUUGAAAAAUUUACAAAAGAAUCUACGUCAUUACUGGAUGAACUUACCUUAAUCAACAGUGGAAGUGAUAAAGGAAACCAACAGGAAAAAGAGAGGUCUAUAGACUUAAAUUUUCUUCCAUCUGUUGAUCCUGAAACUGUUCUGCAGACAGGCCAUGAAUUAUUAUCCGAAUUACAACAACGCCGGUUUAAUGGUUCAGAUGGCGGGGUCUCCUGGUCCCCCAUGGACGAUGAACUGCUGGCUCAACCCCAGGUUAUGAAGUUGCUAGACUCACUCCGGGAACAAUAUACACGGUACCAAGAAGUAUGCCGACAACGGAGCAAGCGCACUCAGCUUGAGGAAAUUCAACAGAAGGUAAUGCAGGUAGUAAACUGGCUUGAAGGACCUGGUUCAGAACAGCUUCGGACCCAGUGGGGAAUAGGGGAUUCAAUUAGAGCCUCGCAAGCGUUGCAGCAGAAGCAUGAAGAGAUUGAGAGCCAGCACAGUGAGUGGUUUGCUGUAUAUGUGGAACUUAAUCAACAGAUUGCAGCUUUGCUCAAUGCUGGGGAUGAAGAAGACCUCGUAGAACUGAAAGCGUUGCAACAACAACUGAGUGAUGUUUGCUACCGGCAAGCCAGUCAGCUGGAGUUUAGGCAGAAUCUUUUACAAGCGGCACUCGACUUCCAUGGUGUAGCCCAAGAUUUAUCUCAACAGCUAGAUGGCUUACUUGGAAUGCUGUGUGUUGAUGUUGCCCCUGCCGAUGGAGCAUCUAUUCAGCAAACUUUAAAAUUACUUGAAGAGAAGUUAAAAAGUGUUGACUUGGGUCUGCAAGGUUUGCGUGAAAAGGGUCAGAAUCUUCUUGAUCAAAUAUCUAAUCAGGCAUCUUGGGCUUAUGGAAAAGACGUAACCACUGAAAACAAAGAGAAUGUUGAUCACAUCCAAGGGGUGAUGGACGACAUGCAGCUCAGGAAGCAAAGAUGUGAGGACAUGGUAGAUGUGAGACGGCUAAAGAUGCUUCAGAUGGUACAGUUAUUUAAAUGUGAAGAGGAUGCGGCUCAGGCAGUAGAAUGGUUAAGUGAAUUAUUAGAUGCAUUACUGAAAACUCAUAUCCGAUUGGGAGAUGAUGCACAAGAAACCAAAAUUUUGUUGGAAAAACAUCGAAAGUUUGUUGAUGUGGCACAGAGUACUUAUGAUUACGGGAGACAGUUACUACAGGCUACUGUCGUUCUGUGUCAGUCUCUGAGAUGCACAUCUAGGUCCUCAGGAGACACACUUCCAAAGCUGAACAGAAUAUGGAAGCAGUUCACCAUAACUUCAGAAGAGAGAGUAACUCGCUUGGAGAUGGCCGUUGCAUUCCAUUCAAAUGCUGAAAAAGUUUUACAAGAAUGCCCAGAUCCAUCUGAAUCCAUAAAUGACAUGGAACAAUUUGAUGAAAUUGAAUCUGUUGGAAAAUCGCUUCUGGACAGAUUAACGGUGCCAGUAGUUUAUCCUGAUGGUACUGAGCAGUAUUUUGGGAGCCCAAGUGAUAUGGCCUCUACAGCCGAACACAUCAGAGAGAAGAUCAAGCUAGUUUGUCUGAGAAAACAGCAGCUGAGACAAACAGAAGUCUGUACAACAGAGAGUUAAUAGUUUCUGCUCAUAAGAUGCCCAUUUGUAACCCAGCAUGUCAUCCGCAUUCUACGCCUGCCAUAGUAUAUUAAAAUGCAUUUCCACAGCUGUUAUAAAAAUAUCAUUCUUCUUGGAGCAAAUCUAAUUUUACAUCAUAACCGUGUAUUUCUACCAAGCCAUAAUUAUUUAACAUGCAAUGAAAUCAUAGACUACAAAUAUUAUUAGAAGGAAAUGAUAACGUUGCACCGAACCUUUGCUUUGAAGCUUUGCCUUGGUCUGUCAGGUACUUCUUUGCCUCAGCAACGGAUGUAAGCUUUGAAUGGUGCUAAUACAUACAAAUUCGAUACAAAAUGGCAAUAUUCUCUGUUCUCCAGAUGAUGUAGUAUUUUUAGGCUGUAGGCAAGCUAUCUGUUGUAUGGACAGUGGUGGCCCUAUUUUACUCUGUAUUACCUUUUUAAUAGUCUUUUUAUUGUGCCAAUGUACAUCAGAUCUGCCCAUUAGAUCUUGGAAAUUCAUUACACUUGGGUUAUUUUGUAUGGAUAAUGUACCAACAGCUGUUUUGUGCUUAAUAAAAUCCAUCUUUUUAAAAUCUGACAACAUUUAUGUAAGCCUGUAUUUCCUGGCGUAUGGUACCAAAUGGGAAGUCUAGUUCAGCCUCUUGCCUUACAAAUUUGGGGAAAGCCUGUUCCUCUUCUGUGUGUCUCUCUGGUGAUGUGAAAGGAAUGCAUGAGAACAAUGUGGACCUUGGGAUGGAAGUGUUUCUUAAUAAUCAAGACAAACAGAUCUGGUAGAAGUCAAUAGAAAUGAACACCUUAAGAUGAAUUUCCUCCUGCCUUCCUAAAUGGCAAGGCAAACUUUGUUAGGUCUUUCCUGUCUACUUCCAUCUGAAAAUUGGCUGGGGAGGGAAGAAUGAAGGAAAGGAGUUGAAAUUUGAUAUGAAAACCUGUAGCAAAGGGGAUUCAAUGAAGCAGUUGAAAUUAUUAGAGUAAUGAUGGCUAGGAAGACUCAGGGUGUAGACUCUACGCUGUAGAAUUAAAUACAUUUGACAGCACUUUAUCUGCCAUGGGACCCUAUUAGUUGUAGUCUUUGGCGAGAGGACUAAAGGCCUUGUAAACAACCCAUGAUUCCAUGGCAUUGAACCAUGGCAGUAAAAGAAGUGUUGAACUACAUUAUUUCUAGUGUAGAUGCACCCUCAGUGCAGUGUUCCAUCACCAUGUCAUGCUCUAUCUUUUUGCUAUUCGCAAACAUUUCAGAUACAUGUUUUGUUAACAUACUCAUGAACUGAUGAACUGAAGUUAAAUAGGCAUUCUGUACGCAAUCGGCAGAACUGAAAAAUGCUACAUGUUGUAAUGAAAGAUUAUUCAGUGUAGGAUAUAAGAUUAGCAUUGUCAUUAUGUGCAAAUUGUAUUUACGUUUCCAAUAUGCAAAAACCAAAUAAAGAAGUUUUUAUAUGUA